GCACUAUCCAGAUAGUAGAAACUACUUCCUAUUUUGAAGUAUGACGAUGGGUGAGGAGUUACCGAUAAAUUAUCUCGUUUACCCUAUACUUCUGAGGCCAAUUUUGGAUAAGCUUGAAAGAAAGGACACCACUGCAGCUGAAGCUCUAAAAACUUCACUUUCCAAGGUGGAGCAUCUUAACCCUGGAUUUGCUUAUGACUUAGUAAUGGGCCUUCUUAAACGUGCUGAUCUUUCUGUUAACAUGACAGAGAGUUUACUAAAAUUACAAGGAAAUAUCCCAGAGACAGAAGAAUACAAGUCAACACGAUCAGAAGAUGCCUUCCAGGAACUGAAUAAAAAAGCAUAUUCCUUGAAAAAAAUACUGAGUCGCAUUCCAGAUGAAAUAAAUGAUCGGAAAACAUUCCUUGAAACUAUCAAAGAAAUUGCCAGUGCAAUUAAAAAACUUUUAGACACUGUGUAUGAAGUCACUAGUUUCAUUCAUUCAGCUAGUGGAAGGCAGGCUUUGGAGCAACGAAAGAAGGAGUUUGUGAAGUGUUCUAAACGAUUCAGCAACACAUUGAAAGACUUCUUUAAAGAAGGGCAAGCUCAAGCUGUAUUUGUGAGUGCCUUGUUCCUGAUUCACCAAACUAACGUUAUCAUGGUGACUGUCAAGAAUAAAAGCGAUAAGUACUGACAAAGCUAAAAUAUUAAGAGCGGGAAACAACUGAAGAUAUAUAUUUAUUUUGACGAGGACCAUCUUGCGGAAAUGAGAAAAAAAUAACUGUGCACUUGAUGUCACGUGGUUUUAAAACAAAAUGUUCAGAAAUCAAAAGAGAAACCGAAAUGGCCAUGAUUUAAUAAUACCCCGGUCAGAUUAUAUGUUUAUAAUGUGAAUAUUAAGAUAUUUUUCAUAAUCAAAUUCUUUAUUCCCCUUUUUUAUGCACAUAAUUUCUUGGCAUGAAAAGUAAUUAAAAAGUGGCACAUUUUUAAUCAAAAGUAUAUUUUAUUUGCUCUGUGUUUUUAAACUUAACUUCAUUAAGCUUGGUAGGCUUAGUAAAUUGAGUGUUUGUACUUCCCAUUCUUGUGUUUUCAUUGCAGUAAACGGAAGUCAUUCCAUCUAAAUGAUCCCCCUUUAUUUCUUUAUGAACAGACUAUAUUCAUCAUAGUUAUUGCAAAAACUGUAAUCUUUUGUUUUGGAAGUGUGCUCUAUACAUUAAUAAAACUUGAUAUUAUUGUACAACUACAAACAUCAGUGUGUAAAUUAAUACAUCUUGGUAGAGGAUAUGAUGUAUUAUUUAUGCUCACUGUUUCAGCCAGAUAGUUUUAUUAGAGGUAAGGAUAAUGAAAGAUAAGACCAGAAAUAAAACUAUCUGUUUGGGAAUAAAAAGAAAUUUGAAUAAGUUUCUAAUAUUUCAUUUGUAUUGCAACAAACAAAUAGAAUAAAACCAAAAUUUUCACACUUAAAAGUUAUUUAUUUUACAAAGAUGUUUGAUGGAUUUAUGGGACUUGUGGAGAGUUUUUAGUAACUACUUUCCUUAUAUUCUCAAAAAUCUAAAUUAGUUACAUAAAAUUAGUUGAAGAUUUGAUUGUAAUUUGUAGUCUUUAUAUCAAUAAUAGUUUUCCAGGUUUUUGAUGUCAUAGUACAUAUUAGUGAAUUGAUAAAGAUAAAAAAAACACAUCUGUAGCUAAAGUAUGUAGGUGGCUAUAAACAUUAAUUUAAAAAAUACAUAAUGGCGACUGAUCUUAGAAAUUUUUUUCUUCAUACAGAAUGAUUGAUAUUAUUUUAACAGAACUUUUAGUGUGUUCCAAACCUACGAGGAAGUGAGUUUCACCAAGUAAUUUUUUUUGUACAAAACUAGGUGCACAUAUUAUUUUUGAUAGGUACUGUACAUGUAUGUAAACAAUUGUAUUUAAAGAAUAUUUUUGGUUUGCACUGCAUAAUAUGCCGAUUCAGUGGAUCAGUGUAUGAAGAGAACCAGUGUUUAUUCUUGUUUGGUGUUGUUUAUAAUGUAAUUGAAGCAUGUGGUGAAGGGUUAGCUGACAAUUCUAUUUUUUGUGAUAAAGAGUUACUUACAUUUCAAAAUCAUAUAUGAAAUUUAUGUGUAAAUGUUAGUUGUGAUGGAAAAAUAAAAAAAAUCAAUCUUAGGAAAUAGUGUAAUUCAUCAAUAUCAUUCACUCUUAAAAUGUUGUUUAAAUAUUAAGUUGAGAUGAAUCACAAAAUAGACAAUAACCAGAGUGUUUUUGGGAGAUAGGCUUGUCUUUACUUCCUAAAGAAGAAAGGUCUAUCUUCCAAAAGCACUAUUUUAUGUUCUUUUAUGGUUCAUUUAAUUGUUUUUCUUCCUAUAGGAUUUUUUACUGUCACGAAAGUUGAGAUGAAAAAUAUCUGAUUUUAGGAUUGUGUUUUUUAUAUAUGUGUUUGUAAAUGAAGAUUUUCUAAUUAAAUUGUAAAGCUCAUA